CGCCUGUGAUUGGUGUGGCAGAACUAGUCCCGCUCUGAGGCUUAUAUAAAGGAGGGCUCUACGCAGUAGAGAGACACAGUGUUCUGUAAACUGAUCUAAACAUGAGUGGUAGAGGAAAGACCGGUGGCAAAGCCAGAGCGAAGGCAAAGACUCGCUCCUCCAGAGCAGGACUCCAGUUCCCCGUGGGCCGUGUUCACAGGCUUCUGCGUAAAGGCAACUAUGCAGAGCGCGUCGGAGCCGGAGCUCCCGUCUACCUGGCGGCUGUUCUGGAGUAUCUGACCGCUGAGAUCCUCGAGUUGGCUGGAAACGCUGCCCGCGACAACAAGAAGACCAGGAUCAUCCCCCGCCACCUGCAGCUGGCCGUCCGCAACGACGAGGAGCUCAACAAGCUGCUCGGCGGAGUCACCAUCGCCCAGGGCGGCGUCCUGCCCAACAUCCAGGCGGUGCUGCUGCCCAAGAAGACCGAGAAACCCGCCGGGAAGGCCAAGUAGAGCGGCCCGCUGGACCCAACCCCAAAACGGCUCUUUUAAGAGCCACACACUUCAACUACAGAACAAAAUCCUUUAUUUUCCGGCGUUCCAUAUGUUUUACCAAGGAGUUCUCCAUAAACUACAUAAACUAGUAACUAACUCGACGCAAAUCUGACGUGGUUCAACAAACACACGGGCUUCUGUCACUGCAGCUGAACUCCACCUGUCACUGUCUCAGACUUGCUUUACUCUCAUAGAACCCGCCUCAUCUAUAAUGGUUCAUAGAACUUUGCAUUGUCAGAGUCCGCGUCUCAGACGCAGUUCCACUUUUCAAGUUCAAGCUUUUUUCUAUCAGGAAGAUCAACCAUACAUUUUUAUUCCAGAUCAUUUCCUACUGAGAUACAGAUUUGUUUUGGACCAACUGUUGUGAAAACACUCGGUUCGGCCUUGUUCAACGGAUGAACUCCACCCUGUGACAAUAGAAACUUAUGUUCGCUUCAUGCAAAUUAACUGUGCAGCAGCUGCCACAGGAUUGGCUGAUUUAUUAAACGACUGGCCAUGCGCCAAACAAACUGGGCCUGUACAUUGAACUGUACAUUGUAUCCCAUGUCUGGAAACGAGUUAAUCGCAAUAUGUCUAACGUAUAUCUUAACGUUAGUGAUUGUAUUAAAUGUUAGUGUAAGUGCCGCCAAGUGCUCAUUAUCUUCAGCUUUAUCUUAAGAUAAAAAGUAGGAUAAAAAGAAAAUAUUUUUUACACAUUAAUCCAUGAGUGAUGUAUUUUAAUUACACGGUUAUACACCAAAACCAAUAAACCUAGUAAUAAUUCACAUGGAUCAAUGAUUUGUACUGUUUAGUAGUGAUGGGUAGAUGAAGCGUCAUGAUGCGUUUCGACACAUUGCCAAACUGUAUUGAUACUGUGUUGAUACUGUGUCACUGAAUACUGACACUUGCUGGACCUUAAAAAUCCCCACAGUCAGCUGACACUGAUUUAAUGACCUAAUAUAUACAACAGUAUAAUUUAAAUCAUUGUAUUUUAUAUUGUUUUAUUUCUCAUUUUCAUUUACAUAAAAAUUUCUUUACUCUUUUAGAUAGAUAGAAUAAUGUGAACAUGUGUCAUAACAUGAAAAUCUAACUGAACGAGGACUGGGAUGUGUUUUUUUUACAGAUUUUUAUUAAAAAAAAUAAGUUUUUCCAACGUUUUAAAAUAAAGUCUGUUAUGUUUUUUUGAGACUAUUUCUCCAGCUGCAGAAAACACCCGCUCACGAGGCACCGAUGAGGCUGGAGUGCAGAGAAACUGCAGUGAAACUGCAGUGCAAGGUUAAACAGGUUUGGGUAUAAAGAUUUGUGGUUGUCCCAGUAUUUCAGUGGAUCCUGGGACCCAGCAGUACUGCCCUCUGCCAGGUACCGCUGAACCUCCUGGAGGGCAUCAGCGGUGGCACUUGUAGCCUGCCCACUUCAAUGUCGGAGUCUCACCAAAGGUUAUCUGAAAAAAGUGGCAUUUUAGUACAUGAUUUCCAAAAAACA